AACGGACGACGGUGACUGGGAUUCACUUGGGUCGUGGCGAUGACUAGCAGUGUUGGCGCUUCACCUCACUUAGCGUACUCGUUCCCGCUCGCCGCCUUCCUUAGCACCGCAGCGCGCGUCAACUGAAGCAGUGUUACUUCACCCUUGGUUAGACUAUCUAUGUCGGUCACGGGAAAGCCUAUGCACCUCACUUCGCGUACUCGUUCCCUCUCGCCGCCCUCGUUACUCCAUCGUAGGCGUCAAGUGAAUCACUAGUAGUUCACCAUCCUAGUCGUCCACGGAAAAACGGCAUGGAUGCUUUUUCUUAGUCCGCAAAAUCCUGGUUUCUGAAGGCGUUUACCAAAGUAGUAGUUGGCCUUACUCAAUCCUUAGACGCUAGCGCCGACUCUCAAGGGUACGCGCGGGAGUUCUCCAGUCCCAGAAACAAUUUGCAGCAUGAUAGAAGUUACCAAAACAAUUUGAGGCGCCUCAAAACAAUUUGCAGCAGUUCCCAUGAAGCUCGUUUCCUAAAAUCGUCGUGUGUUUGUAGACAAGUAAGAACGCGUUUCUCGCCGAAAAACCUGUAAUUCGCCGUAGGGCCCCUUCAGGGCUCAACAUGCUGCCAGCGGCGCCGAUUUUGCGCCUACAACGUGUGCCCCGGGUCUUAGACGCCGCAUCCAUGCCAGCACGUUGCGGUAAGAGCAUCUAAGGGUGAAGGGCUCGAACGAGACUCUCUCGCAACUCCUGCGCCCGGGCGAGUCUUUCUCGCACCGCUUCGGGAGAUUGGAUACAGUGGGCACGCUAGACGCUGGCUUCAGUGUGGUCGUUAGGGAUUAACACUAGGUCACCUAGUGAGUCACUUGAAACGCUGUGGGAUCGUUUCGUAUAAGCUCUCCUCGUCGUUUGGAGAUUGAAGGCCGUUUGUCCCUUUGUUCUUGGCGAACCGUGGCAAAACUCGCAAGAUGGCUCAACGGCCAUCGCAAACGUUCGCGGCGGAAAUGGAUGUUUCGGCAUCGGCUCUACCAAUCCAAAAGCGGCAAGCAAGGCGGCAUUUCAGCGUCCUCCGCAAUUUCCGCCGCAAUGACCGGAGUUGGAGCGCGCAAUUCUCGCGACGACACAAUCUAGGUUUCUUUCUAGUCGCGAUAGCUCAAGCUACCCUUGUAGUGCUGGUCGCUGCUUCGUUGCUGUGCGACGGCGUCGCAGCAGGAGCAGCCGCAGAGUCGCACGGUCAGAUUUGGUCGCACGUUGACUCCCUGUCAGCACUGUCGUCAUCGUCGCCCGUCGCGACCCUUUCGCCGGAAGCGACGCUCGCGUAUCUGCUCACUGGCGACAGGCGCACGCGACGGCUGCAGGCGAAAAAUAAGGCUUCGAAAGCGGCCGGCUGCGACUAUCGCAAGGGCAGCUGGGUGCACAUUUCCAAGAUACCCGGGUACCGGGUGCCAUACCCCCUAAACUGCUCGCAGCACUUCAGCUGCGCCAACGUGCCUGCUGGGAAGGAGCACCCCUCCAACUACGUCUGGGUGCCUGCGCCGCCCUGCAACUACUACACGUGGAAGUUCAACGGCAAGAGGUUUUUGAAGAAGAUGCGGAACACUGUGAUUGCGUUUGUGGGCGACUCGUUAAACGACAACCUGUACGAGGGGGUUGUGUGCUUGCUGCAGGCGACCACGCGGGUAGUGUUUAAGAAGGUGCAAAUAGGAAGCAGGCGGCUGGGGUCGUACUUUGUACCCAACUACAACCUCACCACACUCACUGUCAACAGCGGAUACCUGGUGCAGAGCCCACGAUAUACCAACCACAAGACAGCAGUCUACACGAUGAACCCCAAGUGGGCCACCUUGCUGCCGUACACCAACGCCAUUGUCUUCAAUGCCGGCCACUGGUUCUUCCACCCUCCUGCAGACCAGACCUCCCCCUGGUACCCGAUUCCAGUGAUGAGCAAAGCGCUGGUAACCGUGCGGGACUACUUCGCCAAAGCGAACUACAAGGGCACAGCGGUUUUCUUCACCUUCUCUCCAGUGCACGAGAAGGCGUUCUGCAACGUUGCUCGACCAUUCGACACGAACGUUAACUCGGACAAGACGCUCAUGAGCUUCAUACUCCCAGCCAUGAAGAAACAAGUGACAGUGAUGAAGCGGUCUACAAUGCGCGUGGCAGAGGUCACCUACAUGAGCGCCAUGAGGCCCGACGCCCACCUGGGGCUGAACGGGCGGGACUGCAGCCACUGGUGCCUGCCGGGAGUGCCUGACGCCUGGUCCGAUGUUCUGUACAACAUCUUGAUGGGAGUGAGGAGGAACUUUACAUGAGAAGCUUCAGCUGAGAACGAGGGGGAAAGGUAGGAAGCGGGGCUGCAGCCACUGGUGCCUGCCAGGUGUGCCUGAUGCAUCGGUACAACAUCUUGAUGAGGGGUAGGAGGAACUUCACAAGAAGGAAGGGGAGAGGAGGAAAGGGGUGGGAGACUGCACCCACUAGUGCCUGCAGGGUGCACCUAGCACUUGCUCCAGCGGGCUCUAUACAACAGAGUCCAGCUUGGAGGUAUUCCAGAUUGGAACUCUAUACACGGAAGCAACAGAUAGCAGCAGGCAGUUGUGCUGGUCAUGCGAGGGCAGAGCACUGGAGCCGGGUUUCCCAAUGAUGUCUAUAUAAUGCACAGGUUUAUCCUAAGCUUUGAGGUUGGCUGGAAAGCUUGGUGGAAUCCAUAGUCCGUGAUGCAUCAUUCACAGUGGUUGAUAGUACAGUGAUUCCGUCUUGUUUCUUUUCUUUCUGGUACAUAAUAAAGAUCCUGCUUGCAU